AUGAAUACGAAUAUAAUUAAAAAUCACCAAUUAAAUCAGAAUCGUAGAAAUCCAACAAACAAUGGAACUGCACAACGUCAAAUGCAUUUUUAUAACAACAAUCGGAUGUCUCAAAAUAAUACACAAGGCUCACCAUCAACAUUUAAAAGGCAUCUAACUAAUCACAGUACACUUGGUGAUGACGCUAGAUACGUCAACAAUAAAAGACAACGACAAAAUAGCCAAGAAAAUGCUGAAGAAGUUCAUGAUAAUGACGAACGUAUCGAGGAAUGGACUAAACCGAAUGUGCAUCAUGGUAUUUUUUUUAAUGUUAAUCAAGCUGACAAUGAUCGUAAUGAAACUCUCAUUUCCAAACAAGCGUUUACUUAUGCAACCGACUGUCACCUUCCACCGAUUAAAAUACCAAACAUUCGACGUACUAAAGACAAUGUGAUUCGAAAAUCAGUUUCAGGUACUCAGAUUCUUCCGCAUAUUAUCGAAGCAUUGGUAUACUGUCAGUAUUCGAAUCAAAAUAAUUGUUGGCGUAUACGUAUGAGUCGAUCUCGAACAAUUAAAACUCCUGUGAAUGGUCAUUCUUUAUCACGAAUGUCAUCAAAAUUGAGCAAACGAGAAUCAUCAUCCGAUGAUUUCAGCAAGUUGGUAAUACUCAGAGGAUCGAUUCUUAUUCAUCGCGAUAGAUAAAGCGUCUCUGACUGCAUGAACUGUUAUUUUUUUAGGGCUUCAAGAAGAGGUGCCUUUAUAAUUGAUAUGAAAACAUGUCCAGCGUCUAGUUGCAUCAUACCAAUAAUUAGUGCAUUUGCGUUUGGGGUUAUAGUUGUUGCCGUAUAUGCAACAAUUCUUGCAUUCACAAAACAAACCGUAACUACAAGCACAGGUAUGCCGAGACUGAUUUCGCACGUUGAAUAUAGUCUAUCUAGCAAGCAAGAGAUGAUGAGUAAAGACUUUUAUUUACUAAACAAAGCUUAAAGAUUGAGUGUAAAUUUUACAGAAACAGUUUUAGCCAAACACUGGUUCACUUUAGGAGUAUCAUAUAAAAAGAUUGACAUAUAUAAGCUUUGCUGUGAGUGUGCGUAUUCUCCGAAAUUCUAACUUCUAAUUUUGCAAAUUUGACAAUGUAUGAAACACAUAUUGUUGCUCUAAUGUUGCUGCUGUGUGUUUUUCAUGCGAGCUAUUGUACUAAUAACUACGCUAGGAUUUACAACCACUGCAACGACUGCUUCCACAACUACUAGAACAACCACUGCCUCAACUACUGCAACGACCACUACCAUUGGCAAUGGAACGACUUCUAUCACAAGCAUAAGCACGAGCCAAGGGAGAAAAGGCAUACUUCUGUACCUCUGAAGUACGCACAAGUACAGAAGUACCAAGAAGUCUCAAGAAGUACCGAGAAGUACCGAGAAGUUCCAAGAAGUAUCAAGACGUAUACAGAAGUACCAAGAAAUUCAGAGAAGUACAAAAGAAGUACGCGUUUUCCCCUUUGAGUUUUACCUCAAAACAGAACAAAAGUGUUCUUUUUUUGGGAAUUCCGAAUUACAGAACACUUUUGUUCUGUUUUUGGGAACAGGAUUUUUGCGAUUUCCCAAUAACAGAACAUUUCUGUUCUGUUGUUGGGAACAGAAUUUUUGCCAUUUCGUAAUAACAGAACAUUUUUGUUCUGUUUUCGGAGACAGAAGUGCCGAGAAAUAUGGAGAAGUAUCAAGAAGUACCGAGAAGUCUCAAGAAGUACCAAGAAGUACGGAGAAGUACCAAGAAGUAUCGAGAAGUACCAGGAAGUACGAAGAAGUACAAGAAGUACGGAGAAGUACGGAGAAGUACAAGAAGUACAGAAGUAUGCCUUUUCCCCUUUGAUACGAGCACGACUUCUACUGCAACGACCACUACUAUUGACAAUGGAACGACUUCUAUCACAAGCACAAGCACAAGCGCGAGCACAACUUCUACUACAAUGACUACAGCAACAACCGGUUCGUCAAGUAAGUUUACUCUUUUUGUUCAAGUGGGCAUGCUUAUGGCUAAAUGAAGAGAAUAAUUAGUAGUUUGACCUAGGAUAGUUGUGACUGAGGAUACAGAUAUUCAGUUCAUCCACAGGUACAUCCAAGCUCUCUAAAUGCUCAUUAGGUACUUCAUCAUAUCGCGGGUGUGGGUGUGGGUGUGGGGUGUAGAUGUGGCUGGAGUGUGGGGUGGUUGUGGAUUUGAAUUACCUCUUUACCCACACUGAAACCCAUACACUUACAUCUACACCCACACCCGCAUCCACACAUUACACCCACACCCACACCCCACACCCACCCACACCCACACUCUCAUUCGAUGAAGAAUCUCACUUACUACUCACUCUAUGCAGGAUUUAUGUUAAAAUUAUAAAUUUAUGCAUUUAGAGUGACACAUCGAACACAUCGUUCAAAGUUAACUAGUUUCAAUUUGAGUUCAUUUCGAACAAGGUCUCGAAAUUGGCAGUCUUUUUUCGGUAGUCCAACUCAAUCUGAGUUGGUUCAAACACGACUUAAAUUUAUUCCAGUUCAACUUGACCAGAAAGAAAAAAAAAUUUUUCAGAGAUUUACAAAGUUUUCUGCCAUGUAAAAGCAAAAGAACGUUACAUGAGAAGACAAUAGUUAAUUGCAUUAUGAAUAUAGAAAUAAAUUUUGUUCAAGUGAUAUUGUCUAAUGAACAACAACAAUUUAGUUCGGCAUAUAUAAACGAAGUCGUAAUACGAUUCGGAUCCAGAACAUAGCUUCUCACUAUCUAUCAAACACAAUCAUAUUAAGAGUCUUUCUUUUUUUAAUUUAUAUUUAGUUUAAGUCGGCGUUAGUUACAAACUAAAGUUUUUUAUAUGGGUGGUAACAAAGAUUUAGUGUUUAAGUUGUAUUGAUGCGUAUGAAAUCAACAUAACGUGCUCUAACUACUAAGAAUGGCAGUUUUUAUUUUAGUGCUGUUCGCAUCUUUUACAUAUCCCUCUGAAAAUUUAGAAAAGAAUUGAUUAGUUGUAUCUAAAGAAAUUACUGCGUCAGUUGCUUAUCAACUAAAUCAAUAGUCUAGGAAUAUAGUUUGAUAUAUGAAAUGUUCCAUGCCACGAUUCACACUUUUUUCCAAAUGAUUUUAUUGAUCUGAACUUCGUCCUUAAUUAUAGAUCCUCGUUAUGAUCUAGUUGAGAUUUGAUAUUCUCUUUGUUUUAUAAUUGUUCAUGACUGAUUAAAUAGAAUUCUAAUACUAUGAGGCAAUUAAAAAUAAUCUUUAUUAAAUGAGUUGUUCUUGAAAAUAAUGGAUCAUCAAUUCUUAUUCAAGUUGAUAAGAUUUUGUUGCAAUUUUCAGCAAAUUUUUCUUGUUAUAUUGCCGUGCUUUUAAACGUUUCAUUAGAAUUCGAGAGAAGAAUGAUGUUGUGUAUGGUAUGUUUAGUUUGUUUCGUACAGUUCAACAUAGUAUAUAAUUUUCUCUUAUGAAAACUUUCAUCAUUUUCUGAAUAUUUUAAUUAUGAUUUUAUCUUUUUUUUUCUAUAAAUAUCAUCUCGACAGCAUUACUUUUUUUAAUCUUUCUUAUCAACUCAUCGUUAUGUCAAACAAAAUCUUCAUCAAGAAUCACCGUAACGAUGAAUUGCUUUCUAUAUGCUAAGAAUAAUUUUUGUAGUUACUUCAGUGCAAAUAAUAUCAGAUUUUUUCCUUACUCGAAUCUGACAAGCAUAAAUACAAAGCACUAUUUUCUGUAUUCACGUCAAUAGAGGUCUAGUUACGUUCUAGGUUAUACUUCUUCUAUAAAUAUAAUAGAUCAUUAUCAAAGAAGUAAUGCAUCUGAUAUUUGUGAAGCCAUGAAAACAAUCUUGUUGUUCUGCUUUCCUAUGUGUAAAACUAAAAUCCUUUUCUCAUUUAUCUUAUGAUCAAUUAGCUUAAAAGAAUAUAGAAGAUCUAUAUACAGUCCACACACAUUGAAAGCAUACCCUUCGAAUUUUGUGUUUUUUAUUAAUAUACUUUUUUUAUCUAUUAACCUACUAUAUAUAAGAAGAAAGCCCGGAAUGCGCUGCAUCUUUUGGUAUAUUUAUAUUGACCAUAAAAUGCAGUUUAAAGUAUAAAAAGUGUAUUAGAAGAAAAGUCACUUGUUCUUUUUUGCCACAGUGUUCAUAAUGUUGCAACAAUUUUUAUUUUGCAUAUAACUCGGCUUAGAUAAAUGAUAAAAC